AUAUGGACCCAUAUGGACCCAUAUUCAAUUUAUUCUAUUACCCGUUGUGAGGGCUGCGUAGUGGAGCACGUGCCCAUUGUUGAAUGGAAAGGGCCAUGGGGAUUGGGGGGCUUCCAACCAAAACCAAACCCGUACUUCAACGCAACGCUUUUCCAGAUCCGACCGUUACAAUUAUUUGAAAAAAAAAAAAGAAAUCAAAGCCUCCGACCUUCUCUUCACUACAUUCUUCUAUCCUUCUCUUCUUUCUAUUUUGCACUUCUCUCUGUUUUGCGACUUUUAAUUUCCAUGGAUGAUAAUAACAAAGCUUUAUCAGUCAUGGAACCGAAGCCUUCACACCCACUUCACCAAAUUGCCGAAACCCCAACCCACAAACUUCUUCUCAAGCAGUGGCUCAAGGAAGAGGAACUAAUCUUCGGAAGAAUCUCUCUGAAAGAAACCCAAAUCGACUCUGUGAGAAAAGAAAUCACUAUGCUUCACAUUUUCUUCUUCAUCUUCCACUCCACCGCCGUGCUCCUCCUCUUCAAUGCCUCGACGAAGGAUUUCCAUGGAGUAGCCUGCAACAGAUCCUGGAUUCCGUCGCUUUGUUCUCUGUUGUUCUCUCUGGGUAUCAUUUGGGCCGUGAGAUACAAGACCGAUCUUGAGGCCCACUUGGAGAAACUGCUGGAAAGGGAAAAAGAAGACAGGAAUUUGCUGGGGAAGUGUGUUGAUGAGUUGAAGAGGAAAGGGGUUGAGUUUGAUUUGUUGAAGGAGGUGGAUGCGCUGAGGAGGGCGAAGAGCCUGAGGGUUGAAGCUAAGGCUGUCAGAAAAUGGUCUUCAAGGGAUUUCAUCACUCUGUUUUUCUUCUCUGUUUCCUGUAUGUUUCUUGGGAUUAUUAGGGUUGUUCUGUGUAACUAGUAGAGGGGUUUUUACAAAAUUGAUGAUUUUGAUGAUGCCAUGGAUUUCGAUCUUGGUGGAUCUUGUUUGUUUCACUGCAGAUCACACUCUGUUCUGCACUAUCUUGUUGCUUUGGUGGUAUCAUAUGGAUAACAAUUUAAAGUUCUUUCCAAAAA